AUAUGUAUUUGGUUUCUGUACUUCUUCUUUUAGCUGGAGAUAUUGAGUUGAACCCUGGUCCUAGCGGAAGAAGAUCUGUAGCUAAAGGUCCAACCCCAGAGGAGGAAAUAUUAACAAUUCAAUCACAGUUAGAAGAGAUUCAGACAAAACUGACGCAGUUGGAUACCUCAGGAGCAGAGAGCAGGACGAACCUGAACACUAGGACGGAGCAGUUGGAGCUCAGGGUAGAUCGAGCUCUGGAGGAGAGUAUCACUGUACUCAAGAAGGAUUAUGAAACCAAGAUUGGAGAAAUAAAAGAAAUGUGUAUAAGCACCAAGGAACCAAUACUUUCCUUUGUAAAUGCUUAAUAAAUAAACAGGACACCAACAUCAAUAAAGCUUUUAUGAGCUGGUAAAAUGAAAGGAACUGAAUACUGAAAUAAAUUAAGUCCGUACAUAUUUGCAACCUUAGGGUUUAAGCAUUUGAUAUUUCAAGCUUGGAUUAUUUAAUCUUAAUAAUUUGAAAUAUCUAAGGUCUAUACAAAAUUGGGUUGAAUAGAUGUGGGAAUUAGAAAAUAAGAUUUUGUGGCAAAGACUCAUUUCCUUUUAAUUUUCUAGUCCCUUUAUCUAGUGAUUAAUCUAUUGUUUUAGACCGUUGAUAUUUUAAAGUACAAAUUCUGCAAGAUCAAAUAGUCCAAGUUUGAAAUAUCUUAAGGUUUACAGGGUUUACACCCUCAGAUAUAAGGAUUAGAAAAUUUGAAUAAGUGGCGAGUGUUCAGUUUCUUUGUAUUUAAACGUAUAAUUUUAACA